GUUGGUCCAUGAGCUUCUGAAGCUGCUAAACCCCCCCCUCUCUCUCUCUCUCUGAAGGAAGAUUGAGCUUCACCCCAGACUGCAACUUCCUUCCUCUGUCCAAAUAUCUGAAGAUAUGUGGAAAGAAACUUGAAAGCAAUUGAUCCAUCAACUUCUAACAGAGCUCCUUGAUUCAUUGGGACUUGAAUAUCAGUAGCCAUUCAAAUUGAGGGGAAAUGUUUGCUUUUGUCUGCUUGAGAGAUGGUGUGGCAGGAAGAAUACUGAGACACCCAAGUGAGGGAUAUUCAGUGCGCUGUCUGUGAAAAGUGUUUCAAACCAUUUACUCAGCUUGGGGGAAUCAAAAUCUCACCCCUCACGGUGGGGAGAGACCGUGUACCCGUUCUGUUUGUAAUUUCAAACCCAGAGUGACACAAGGAAAGCUCUCCCCAUGGAGAAACCGUGGAAAUGUGGGGACUGUGGGAAAGGAUUCCCUUCCCCCUCGGUGCUGGAAAUUCACAGACGUGUUCACACCGGGGAGAGGCCGUUUGUCUGCCACUGUUGCGGGAAAGGGUUCAUUCAGUUGUCUCAGCUGCAGACACACCAGCGUGUCCACACCGGGGAGAAGCCGUUUAUCUGCUCAGUGUGCGGGAAGGGGUUUGCGAAUUCUUCCAACCUGCGGGCGCACCAGCGGGUCCACACGGGAGAGAAGCCCUUCACGUGCUUGGUGUGCGGGAAGGGGUUCGCUCAUUCAUCUACACUGCUGAUCCACAAGCGGAUCCACACCGGGGAGAGGCCGUUUGCGUGCUCCGAGUGCGGGAAGGCUUUCCGUCGCACGAGCAACUUGCGGAAGCACGAGCGGGUCCACACGGGGGAGAGGCCCUUCAGGUGCCCCGAGUGCGGGCAGGGGUUCAGUCAGAGGAGUGACCUGCGUAAUCAUGAGCGGGUCCACACCGGUGAGAGGCCCUUCACCUGCCCCGAGUGCGGGAAGGCAUUCCGUAAUGUCGGCAAUCUGCGGAUGCACCAGCGGGUCCACACCGGUGAGAGGCCCUUCACUUGCCCCCAGUGCGGGAAGGCCUUCCGUCACGUGGGCGACCUGCGGAAGCACCAGCGGCUCCACACCGGGGAGAGGCCGUUCACCUGCCCCGAGUGCGGGAAGAGAUUCCAUCAGGUGCGCAACCUGCGGAAUCACGAGCGGGUCCACACCGGGGAGAGGCCGUUCACUUGCCCAGAGUGCGGGAAGGGAUUCAUCGAUUCUUCCGGCCUGCUGACCCACCAGCGGGUCCACACCGGGGAGAGGCCGUUCACCUGCCCAGAGUGCGGGAAGGGAUUCAUUGAUUCUUCCGGCCUGCAGACCCACUGGCGGAUCCACACCGGGGAGAGGCCGUUCACCUGCUCCGUGUGCGGGAAGGGAUUCAGUCAUGUGGGCAAUUUGCGGCAGCACGAGCGGGUCCACACGGGGGAGAGGCCGUUCACCUGCCCCGUGUGUGGGAAGGGAUUUAUCAAUUCUUCCAGCCUGCUGACUCACCAGCGGGUCCACACCGGGGAGAGGCCAUUCACCUGCUCCGUGUGCGGAAAAGCCUUCACCCGCUCCUCCCACCUGCAGAGACACCAACGAGUUCACGUGCCAAAGCAGGGAAAUUGAAGGAGCGACAGACAAGUGCCAUUUUCGAUUCGAACUUUCAGUCCAGUUCUGGGGAGGUGCGAGGUUCGAAUCCCACCAUGGCAGAUGGCGCAAUUGAAAUCUGCAGUUCCGAAUCAAACAAUGAAACCAUUUUCAGGGGAAGAAAAGCCGCAUCUUAUUCACUCAUGUUCUUUUUAGAGAAUGAAGCUGCUGUUGCAGGGAAGGAUUCACUCAGUCAUCCCAGCUGCAUCCUUUACCCAGUCCGGCCUAUGUGUGACUCCAGACCCACAGCAGUGUGGUUGACUCUUGAUUGCAGCCCCUCCACCUCCUGCCUAUGAGCUGGAGAAACACACUUGUAUACAGUGUGUAGGCUGAAAUUGCUGAGUGAGGCAAUAGUUCCUGCAGGUGAAGGCUGUACCAAGGAUCCAAUAACAAAGGGAUAAUUUGGUGCUGACCAAUAUAAAGAAAUUGGGGGAAUGGGGAGUGUGUGCACUUUGACCUUGAGCUGUUUUUUUUUAAAAAAGCUAGCUUUCAUACGCCUUUUUGCUGGGAAAAUCUGAAGCUGUAAUGAAGGUGGGUCGCAAUAAAGGUUAC